AUGACGUCUCCAUCGCUAUCAGAGAGGCAAACUGGCCGGACGAGCGUCCACACGUUGUCGGAAGACAGGACCGCGACGGCGACCCCCGACGUCAACCCGCCCAAGGACGAAAAGCCGAUAUCCAGCAACGACGACGCCUCCUCGAGCGUCUACGGCGACAACGAUGGCGGCAAUCUCACCCCGCAGCAGUCCAAUGCCCCGUCCGUGUGGCUCGCCGAGACCAUGUCUUUCCCCCGCGAAGUCAUGUUCAUCAUUAUUUGCUGCAUGGCCCAGUUCUGUACCCAGGCCGCAUUCAUCGAUAGCCUGUUUCUGCUCCAUGUGAUCGGCAGCAGCUUCGACGUGGAUGAACCGGCGCGCCUCUCCUGGCUCGUCGCCGGCUACUCCCUGACCAUCGGCACCUUCAUCCUCUUCUCGGGCCGCCUCGGCGACGCCUUCGGCUACAAGCGCAUGCUCAUCAUCGGCUUCGCCUGGUUCUCCCUCUGGUCCCUCGUCGCCGGCCUCAGCGUCUACUCCAACUUCACCCUCGCCGUCGUCUCGCGCGUGCUGCAGGGCAUCGGCCCGGCCAUCUGCCUGCCCAACGCCCUCGCCCUCUUCGGCGCCGCCUACCCGCCGGGCCACCGCAAGGCCAUGGUCUUCUCCUUCUUCGGCGCCGUCGCCCCCAUGGGCGGCGUCGUCGGCGGCGCCUUCGCCUCCGUUCUCUCGCUCGCCUGGUGGCCCUGGGCCUUGUGGGCGCUGUCCGUCUGGCUCGCCAUUCUCGCCGUCGCCGGCUGGUUCAUCAUCCCCGAGCCCCCGACCAAGCUGCCGGCCCCUGACGGCUUCAAGGCCAUGAUCGUCGAGCUCGACAUCCCCGGCGCCGCGACGGGCGUCGUGUCCCUGGUGCUCUUCAACUUCGCCUGGAACAUGGCGCCCGUCGCCGGCUGGGACACGGCCGUGGUCCUCGUGCCGCUGAUCCUCGGCCUCGUCCUCUUCGGCGCCUUCGCCCUCAUCGAGUUCAAGUACGCGCCGAUGCCGCUUCUCCCCUUCGAUGUCGUCAACGCCGACGUCGGCUUCGUCCUCGCCGCCGUGGUCUGCGGCUGGGCGACGUUCGGCGUGUGGACGCUCUACCUCGUCCAGAUCCUCCAGGAGAUCCGGUCCCUCCCGCCGCUGCUGACGUGCGCGUGGUUCGCGCCCGUCGUCGUGACGGGCGGCCUGGCUGCCGUCAUCACCGGGAAGCUCCUCGGCCCCCUGCAGGUCCGCCCGCCCGUCGUCAUGACCAUGGCGCUCGUCGCCUUCACCGUCGGCGUCACCCUCACGGCCACGGCGCCCGCGGACCAGGUCUACUGGGCGCAGAUCUUCGUGUCCAUGCUCGUCAUGCCCUUCGGCAUGGACAUGAGCUUCCCCGCCGCCACACUGAUCCUGUCCAACGCCGUCAAGAAGGAGCACCAGGGCAUCGGCGCGAGCCUGGUCAACACCGUCGUCAACUACGGCAUCGCCCUCGGCGUCGGCUUCGCCGGCACCGUCGAGGUGCACGUCAACAACGGCGGCCGGACCAAGGAGGACCAGUUCAAGGGGUUCCGGGGCGCGCUGUUCAUGGGCGUCGGGCUCGCCGGCCUGGGCCUCGGGGUCGCCUUGACAUUCCUGACGAGGGAAUGGCGGCAUCGGAGCGACGGAAGCAGGAACGAGGAGAAGGCUGCCGAGGCCCAAACCGAGACUUAA